AGAGCCCGCAUUUUCGAGCAAAGAGAAUAGCACCGAGUAACCUUAUCCGUUUAAUUUGGUUACGGACCACCCUCGUCCUGUUAACAAUAGAUAAUGAACAGUGGAACUCGAGCUUCAAAAUUAUUUCUCCGUUGAACACACAUUGAUGCCAGCUCCCCCUUUCUCUUAUUUUCCCCUGCAAACACAAAAUUCAGCUCUUAUGUAAACAUGAUUGCCCUGAAAGCCAUUCAUGCUUCCUAUACUCCUACAAGCAACACAUACACUUUCUACCACGCAAGGGUUCCCAACACAAGAAGUUCUGUUUUCUGCCUCUGUAAGUCCAAUGAGUCUGAUUCUGAGGCUGAGGCUCCCCAACCUGAAGGCGAUGCUCAAAACCAAGAGCUACUGGCCCAAAUUGCAAUGCUUCAAACUCAAAAGGUUCGCCUCACUGAUUAUCUGGAUGAAAGAUCUGCUUAUUUAACCCAAUUUGGUGAAGAAGCCAUCGCUGAGUUUGACAAGAUUGGAGAAGAUGCCCUCAAAGGAUUAGAUGAAGCUGGUGCCAGAAUAACAGCGAACAUAGAGAGCCAGAUGCUAGAAUUCGAGGAAUCUACUGAACUGAACAGACAAGAGAUUCAGGAGAGUGAAAACAAAAUAGUGGAAUUUGAAGGUCAAAUUGAGAAGGAGAGAAACGAGGGGCUAUUCUUUAAGAACCUUGGGAAGAAGGCACCUGAUGAUAAAGCAAGUGACAAGGAGGAGGUGGAAAAGAUCAAAGAUGUAAGGAAAGAAAAUGGUGGUAGCAAAACUAGGAAAAAUGUUUACCUCUUCUUCAUUGGCUUGCUGACUUUUGGAAUAGUUGAUUCUAUUGCCUCAUCCUCAGGCGCUGAUUGGAGAAAAGUUGCACUUCUUGGAGCUAUUCUUGUGGCCUUAUUUUCUGUGUUUAUUGAUGAACAAAAUAAGGACAACAAUAAAGACUAACAAUAACGAGGAAAGGAAUCAAGUUCAUGUUUGUAUUUUGAUCAAAUAAGAUGUUUCUGAGGGAAAAGCAUUUUCAUUUGCAAAUGGAUAUGGUGUUAUUGAAUAUAUAGCCCAAAUAGAGAGCUUACAUUACAAUUUGGACCUGAUGCAUCAACCUGCUUUGCUUGGGCAUCAACUACAACUGAUAUAUUGGUGAUAUCACUCCAAUGUCCAGAAUUUCUUAUGUAUAUAUUUACAUUAUUAGUUGCCAAUUUUGAAGUAUCCGUAUGCUGAAAUGCAGAAUUUCUCAUUGUUAUGUUGAUACAGAAAAUAUAUACGUAGGUUCAAAGUUCAUCAU